CCAAAGUAAAAUCACAUGACGCGCAUUUUGUCAUAUGACAGCGAUGAGAGAGCUGAUUCUUGGCUGAAUAAGGUUCUGGUGUUUUCAGAGCCUCUCCGGGAUGAGAUGCUGCAGACGGACCCAGGCUGGAGGUUCGGGCUGACCCGCAAGAGGAUGGACCGUCUGCGGCUCCUGUCUGCCCUCACCGCCGCUUGUUUCAUCGGCUUGGUGCAGAGCCAGACCACGCUUGCCCCUGCUGUGAUGAACACCACGGUGGUGCAGAAUGCCACCGUUGUGACUCCAACACCCGUGAUUUUCAGCAGCACCACCCCAGGCUGCUUCAGUUUCAACGCUUCUACUUGUGAGGCCUGUGCGCCGGGGUCACAGUACGACAACAACACGCUGCUGUGUACAUGCUGCCCUGAUCCUGGGCUCUGUAUAUUUCCUGGAGCCUGUCUUUCAUGCAAGACAGGUUUCUAUCAGCCACUGGCAGGACAGCAGCAGUGUCUGGCUUGCAGUCGGGGCUCCUACACAAAUUUCACCGGGAGCCCAUUGUGCCACCCCUGCCCUGCUGGGUCCUUCAACAACAACACGGCUGCAGAAAGCUGCACAAGCUGUUCCCCAGGUUUGUUUGCAUCAAAGCUCGGCUCUACUUCCUGCACACCAUGUCCCCAGGGAAGCUUCUGCAAUUCGUCUGGUUGCACACAAUGCCCGAUGUGUCCCGGAGGAACAGAAGCUCUCCAGACCUCUGCUAAAGACUGCACCCCCUGCCGACCAGGUAUGCACAAAGCUCCCCAUCAGACGAUGUGUCAAAUCUGCAGCAGUGGCUUCUACCAGAUCCUCUGGGGUCAGGAGAGCUGUGACCUCUGCCCCGAGAGCCACUACUGCCCUAGCCCGGACGUGAACCCCAUUCAGUGUCCGAGCGAUGCUUUCUGCCCCAAAGGCAGCACGGCGCCGGGUUACUGCAUGGAGACGUUCUUCAGGAAAGCAGGGGACACCUGUGAACUGGCGCCGGUUACUAUAGCUCUGUUGGUCGUCGGAGGGGGCGUGGCUUUACUCCUCAUCAUUUUGUUGGUUCUUCGUCGACGCCGGGACUCUGACGGAGAGCUGGCAGUCGCCCGCGCUCCUCUACUACGCAAAGAGCGUCCUCAGGGUCGGUACUACGGCCUGCCCUGCGACACGGAACCAGUCUAUGCCGGCUGGUGAACCCUUUCCAAACUGAACUGUAACUUCAAAGGUGACCUAUUAUGCUUCCUUCAACAUAUUAGGAUAGUUUUAUGGCCUACACAAAACAUGCUCAUUACAUUUUUUACAUAAAAUCUUUCUUAGAUAAUGAGAUUUUAAUCUGCUAAGUUCUGCCUAUUUUGAGCUGUUUUAGGUACUCUUGUCACUUCCAAAUAAGCUCAACAUUUGCAGUCAUAUAUGAAAAUGGCUGCAAACAGACGCGCAAUUAUAAAACCAUACCUCUUUGAAAAGCGUUAGCAGAGCCUCCCACACAACCAGCAAGAAGGCAGAAAGAAGUUACAUGAUGGUAAGUCAACAACAAAAAAUGUCUUUUUCAGCAGCCAUUGUACAGCGCAUGCAGCAGCAAAACAAGUUGAUCAGACGUGCCGGAGGUGGUUGCUAGGUGACGAGCGGAACUCUGCUGGGGUUGCUAGGUAAUGGUGCAGCACCCUUUGUGACUUGGGAUGUUUUUGAAAUGUCUAAUUUUCCAGACACAGCUGGUUGUUUUUUUGUUUAUUUUUUUUAUUUUUUUAAGCUCUUUUACUGUUUUAGGAAGUUGAGAUCCAAAUCAAAGAGCAAAUGUGAAUUUUGCAUAAUAGGUCCCCUUUAAAGUUCUGAACUGGUGCCUGAAAACACUUUAAUUACCUAAAACGAGAGCGACAAACAGAGGUGAGUAAUUCUGGGAUUUGCGAUGUCAUCUUUUACAAACCGUUUAACUGAGAAAAACAGCCUCUCAAAGUACUUUAAUGUUGGAUAAUUGGAGUUUUACUUUAAAAUGUGGUGGAAAACAUGUUUUUUUUAUUAUGGAAAGAAAUUUUUACACAGUUUCAUUUCAUUGUUAGAGAAUAAUAAAGGCAUUGUUCACUUCAGUUAAAUUUAUCCCACAUCCAGCUGUUUGGAUGCAUUCAGUGUGCUGUAAAAAAUUUUUGUGCCUUUAUAUUUGGCUUGUUUUUUCCUUUGGAAAAUUAUCUGCUGAUUGCUGUUUAUUUGCUUAUUUUGAUGUAUAUUAUGUUGGAUGUUUCAUUUGUGGGUUUUAAAAGUAAAAUAAAUAAAACAUUAAUUUGAUUUUUA